AUGCUUAUGAAAGCUCUAAGAUUUACAAAGAAAAGACCAAAGCCUUUAACGAUUGAAAUAGAAUUAUUCAGAAAACGUUUGAUGCGGGACAGAAAGUAUUACUGUAUCAUUCUCGUCUUAAACUCUUUUUUGCCUUCAGCAACAGAAAAUGGUCCUUAUGAUUAUACUCGAAGUGGAAAUCCUACACGAGAUGUUCUUGAAAGCCUUUUGGCCAAACUGGAUAAAGCAGAUCGUGCUUUUUGCGUCACUAGUGGAAUGGCUGCUCUGUCUGCUGUAGCCCAUCUUGUUGGGACUGGUGAAGAGAUUGUUGCUGGAGAUGACAUUUAUGGUGGUUCUGAUAGGUUGCUGUCAAAAGUAAUUCCAAAGACAGGGGUCGUGGUGAAACGAGUUGAUACAACUAGUUUAGAUGAAAUAGCAUCUGCAAUUGGUCCCUGGACAAAGCUUGUCUGGCUGGAGAGUCCCACAAAUCCUCGACAAAUGGUUUCUAAUAUUCGUGAAAUAGUUAAAAUGGCUCAUGCUCAUGAUGCUCUUGUCUUGGUGGAUAACAGUAUAAUGUCUCCUGUAGUGUCACAACCUCUGGAACUAGGAGCUGACAUUGUUAUGCACUCAGCUACCAAGUUCAUUGUUGGGCACAAUGAUGUGAUGGCAGGUGUACUGGCUGUAAGAGGGGAAAGAUUGGCAAAAGAGCUGUACUUUCUACAAAAUGCAGAAGGGUCUGGGUUGGCUCCAUUUGAUUGUUGGCUAUGCUUCCGACGAAUUAAGACAAUGGCUUUACGAAUAGAGAAGCAGCAGAGUAAUGCACAAACGAUUGCUGAGUUUCUAGCGUCCCAUCCAUGGGUGACGAAAGUUAACUAUGCAGGCCUUGUUGAUCAUCCUGGACAUGAUUUGCAUUUUUGUCAGGCUACAGGUGCAGGAUCUGUGUUGAGCUUCUUGACUGGCUCAAUUGCACUAUCAAAGCAUAUUGUCGAAAGUACCAAGUACUUCAGCAUAGCAGUCAGUUUUGGGAGUGUGAAGUCUCUCAUAAGCCUGUCCUGCUUCAUGUCUCAUACUAGCAUACCAGCUGAAGUGUGCCAGGCCCGAGGUUUAACUGAAGAUCUUGUUCGUAUAUCAGUUGGGAUCGAAGGUGUGAAUGAUCUGAUUGCCGAUUUAAACCAUGCACUUAGAACUAGACCUGCAUGACAAUGUUCAUUCUAGUUUGACUGUUAAAGAACAACUACUUGCAUCUGCCGCAAAAUGCGUGCAUAUAUGCUGAAAUUUAUGGAAGCUGUUAGUUUUAGCAGCAAUUCUUAAUAUGAUGUUUUGCAGUCAUCUCCCAAUUUUAUUUCUGUAGCUUUGGAUGACCAAUGAUAGCAAAUAGUUUGAGUGUGAUUCAUUUUGAACCAA